AAGGCCUGGCUCUGGAGCGAUCCCUAGCCAUCUGUAGCAUCAAGAUCAAGAUCAACACAGAUUAUUUCGACUAUAACGACUGGAUACUCGUUUCGUUUUUUUCUUUAUGAAUGAGAAGACAAACUUAACCGAUAAUUACUUACAAUCAGUACGUAAUACCAAGGAAUUGUGUGAAGUGUUAUAUCGAUGGCGGUGUGUGUGGCAGUGAUUGGGAAGGAGAAUAGCCCACUGUAUGUGUGGGUGGGCAGUGGGCGAGAGGAGCUGCAUCUGCACUACUUGGCUCACACAGGGCUAGAUGUAAUACAGGAAAAGGUUGCAGCUGUUAGCAAGACCCCUGGAGAUACACGAGAGUUGUACUUGGGUCUCUUGUAUGCCUCUGAAGAGUACAAGGUCUUUGGCUAUACUACAAAUACUAGAGUCAAAUUUGUAAUCAUCACAGAUGCAGCCAACACCACUCUACGAGACAAUGAAAUCAGAAUGAUGUUCCGACGUCUUCACAACAUGUACACCAAUGUUGUAUGUAAUCCUUUUUAUAUCCCAGGAGAGCAGAUCACAUCCAGGUAUAGUAUGAGAAUUUGAUAGGGGUGUUGCAGCGCUGGUGGCUGGAAACUAGACAAAGUGUUCACCUUCGGAUCUUAUUUUAGUUGGUAAUAAGUUUUUAUACUUAUGUGAUGUUCAUACUAAUUAGUUGACUAUUUAUGCUGUAGAAUAGAAUUAACAAGCUUAUUAAUCCACUAUCACAUGUUCUGAAAUGCUAUAUCAAGUACUUUUCUGUGAUGAUAUUAUUAUAUUGUUUGUGUGAAUGCAUUUGCCAGUGUCUAUCAGUUAUUUGAAGUGUUCAGUAAAUUGAUAAGCAACUUAGUUUUGUACUAUAUGUGUGGCCUAUUUUCCCUUAUAUUGUUUUCAUUGUAAAAAUGUAUUGGUAACUAAUCAUGAUCACUGAGCUAUAAAGAAAGUUUUGUUUCAUGUGUACAAUUGUAUUUAGUGAAUCAUGUUAAAAUUAAUAAUCAUAAAACUGCAUUAUAUUUUUUUCUAAUUUACAGGCUAAUCCCUAAUUUAGUAAAGGUUGUAUUGCAAUGUUCAGUUAUGACCAAAGGUAAGAUGGCAAAGUAAUAAUUAUUUCAGGGUUUCUCUUUGAUUUACAUGCAAAACCCAAUAAGGAAGGCUUGUAAUAUAAAUCUUCAAAGCAGUAACUAUAGCA